AUGGCUAGUUUACCAGAUCUGGAAAUGUACAAGGCCGUAGAAGAAGUCCGGUCACAGCAAGUCGAAGCUCUACAAGCAGUAGGCGUCGAAGAUGUGCUCUUGACUAUGGUCUUCCAACCCAUUGCUACUGGCGCUAUUAAUGCAUGCGAUGCGGCAGGUGGGAAUCCACUGGGUUUGAAAGCUCAGAACCACAACUGGUUCCUCGUCAUGGCCGAUUGGAAGAAUCAAAAAGACGAAGAAACAGUCCGUAAAUCCCUUCGCACUAUCAUUGACAAAGGAGAAGAAAUUUCCAAGAAGAACGGAACAUACAUCCCAUUCAAGUACGCCAACUACGCAUCGAGAGAUCAAAACCCACUCGCAUCUUACGGGCCGGAGAAUCUGGCAAAGCUUAAGGAAAUUGCUUUGAAGUAUGACGCGGAGGAAGUCUUUCAAAAGCUGCAGAAUGGAGGCUGGCUCUUAUCAAGAACCUAA